GUUAUUUCUGCUCCAGUACCACAUGGUAACAGACGGAUACAUGACAUUUUUUAUUUUGUUUAGCGCAACGAAGAGAACUCUGGAGACGAUCUAGUGACUCAAGAAAAUUUUGACGGGCCAUUCAGAUUGGUUAGCUCUUCGGAAGCUGAGAAUAGAGAUGAUAAUUCAGGAAACAGUGGAGAACAUCAAAUACACUUGACAGCAGUAGACGAAGAACAAAGUCGAAACGAUGAAUCUAAAAAGAAAGUAUUUGAGGUACUUAUUAACAUUUCUACGUAAAGUGUGGGAUUAGGUGCAUCUAGUAGUACUAAACCUUAUAGAGGAGAAAAUACCGAGGUAGUAAGGGUUCCUUAAUAGAAUGCUAGAGUCGAAAAAUCAAUAUGAACUCUAUGCUUUAGUGGAUAAGGUAUAAAAGCCUUAACUUACAGGCCCAAUAUAUAAAUGCCCCCUUUAUUGUUUGAUCAGGAAACAAUGCAGCAGUUCGCCAGGGAAAUGGCGGCAGGUGACAUGGCUGAUCUCAUAGGUAGCAAUCCACAUACAAAGCAACCAAAUAUGUAUAAUGAUUUGGCUCGGAGAUUUGUGUCGCAGUAUAAAUAUACUGAAGUACUACAAGAUAUAGCAGUUGAACCCGAAGAAAAUGAACUGAUACCGGUGAAGGCGCCCCCAGAACUCGUGUUGGUAGUAGCUAAGGAAUCCGCUUUGUUACGUCCUGACAAAUCUGAAGAUCUUGGAGAUGAAGUCGAUCGACUAAAGAUUCUCAGAUCUGGGGAUUACUGGAAUGGAGUCUGGAAGGAAGACGUAGAUCCAAAAAGUGCUCUUAGAAUGGGAUCACCGAAGAAAGUUUUGGGUUCAAUCAAGGCUAAAAUUAGACCAGGCAGCGAGUUCUACAAAGUGGUGUCACGCAUGAAGAAAAUAUCUCCUCGAUUACUCUAUAUUAUAAAUAAAAAGAAAUUUGCUUAGGUAAUGUGUUAUUUCAAUUCGUGUUUUACACAAAUGCUUGUCCUAGGCGGAGAUUGAGCUCUUGAUAUGUCACGCACAGCGGCCCUGGCGUGGUAUCGUCAUCUACUUGAAUAACUGUGAUCUG